AAUGUCAACAAAAAUGGUGGACAGGAAUGAACAUUAAACAAAUUAUUCUAAAAGAAAAUGAUAUUUUCAGAUAUAUAAAAAACUAAAGAAGCCAAAAUUAGCAAACUUUGAACCUUUUAUUUAAAAAAAUAAUUGAAGUCUGCAUUUUACCUACUUAAAUCACCGCAUGAAUCAUGGCAGAAGUACAUAUCAUAGGACAGAUUGUUGGUGCUAACGGAUUUCCAGAUCAUAGUUUGUUUUGUAAAUGGGGAAUACAUACAGGAGGAGCAUGGAAAGCUUUGUCUGGACUAAGAGAAGGGCAAACACAAGUAGAUAACCCACAAAAUUAUGAUGAAGCAUACUGGGCUCAUCCAAUAGAUGUUCACUUUACAACCAAAGGUUUACAAGGUUGGCCAAAAAUUCAUUUUCAAGUUUGGCAUCAAGAUUCAUUUGGAAGGAAUGAACUAUAUGGAUACGGAUUUUGUCAUGUGCCUACAUCACCUGGUACCCACAAAAUUUCAUGUCCAACAUGGCGACCGGCAGGAACAUUUAGAGAACAAGUUUCUCAAUAUUUUGUUGGUGGAGGACCACAGCUGAAGAAUCCUGAUCUGAUUUACAGUGGAGCUGAUAGAUACAGACUAAAUACAGUUGCCAUGGGCAAUGUUCACAUGAAUAUAGGUGUUGUUCUUAGAAACUUUGACAAAUAUGGAAUUGAAUGUUGAUUUUUAAAAAAAAAUACUGAUAAAAGUAAUCAGUACAUUAGUUUCCUUGAAAUGUUACCAGAGGCAUACACGAAUUUUCAAUUCAGAAAUAUCAAUAGCCCUUUCCUUAAUUCAUUUUUGAUAUUGUGAAUUUAUUGGAUACAAAUUGUUUUUUUAAGUCAGCACCAAAUUUAAAUUGCUGUUCUCCAUGGAAUGUGAUUUCUGAUGUGGCAUAUUAGCAAAUUAUGAAAUUAUAUAUUAAUAUGAUAAAUUUCAAACAAUAAUUUAUAAUUUGUAUCCAUAAAUCAAAUGAAUUAGCCUUUGUAUGCCUCUAUUAUUCCAGCAAUUAUAUUAUGGUCAUUUGGUUAGAACAUUUUAAUUGACCAAAGUUAUAAUAAAAAAACCAUGUUUAACAUUGAAAGGAAUGGAGGGUCAAUGUUCUUAAUUUAUUUCUAUUAUGUACAUGUAUUAUGUAAUUAUGCUGAUAGUGAUUUAUUAUCCAAAAAAUUUAUUCUUUGAUUUCUCAUCAAUCAGGAUUUUCCAUUUUAAAUUUAUCAGUAAUUAUACAGGCAUCAUAUAUAAUAAUAUAACUUUAGUAAGAUUUAUGAUGUAUAAUUAUGUCAGUUCAAGAAAAUCCAAUAAUUCAAUUAUUUUUUGUCUGGCUGUCAAAGAUUAUGAGGGUUUCUUUAUUUUUUUAAUAAUUUUUUUUUGGUGAUUUGUAAAAGGGUUCACCAGUCAGUCUCCAGUUAUAGAUACAAUGUUGAUGUUUGCAAGUGGUGCAAGAAUAUGGUUGUUUGGAGAGAAUAUUUUAUCGGUUAAAUAAAUUUUUAAAAAGUAGAAAUGUUGUAUGUUGCUAAACAUGUCAUUUCAAAGGAAUAUCUGUAUUGAUUUAUGAUCUUGUCCAUGCAAAACUUAUGUUACAAACAACAAUUGCUUGAUAACAUGAAAAAGAAUAUUGUCAAUAUUUCAACUCUCAAAGCAUGUUUAUCAACAUUUUAUAUUUACCAAAAACACUGUAUUUGAACUAAAUAACAUGGUAAUGGAAAACUUAUUGCAGCUUUUGGUGUUGUGAAUAAUUUCCAAAUGCUAUACAUUCUCUCUUGAAACUUGUAUUGAUUCAACAAAUGUUACAUUUAUUCUUUUCAUACAUACAAAUAGUUCACAUGACAGUUUGAAUAUAUGUAAGUAGCAAAUUAGCAAUAUGUAAAGUUUGUAAAUAAAUUAUAUAUAUUUCAAA